AUGAGUGCCUUAUUGUAUUGUCUUGUUUUGAUGUACGAGGAUAUAAAUGAAAUUUAUACUUCAUCGAUUGGAGGUAUUAUAAGAUUUCUAGAUAAUGAUGAUAAUCUUUUAAAAAACAAAACAGUAAUCAUUAUAGUUAAUGCAUCAGGAAUUUAUAAGGAAACCAUAAAUAAUAUAAAAAGACAGAGAUUCUUCUCACAGUUGCUUAAGAUUGAGCAAUUCGAAUUACUCCAACAACUUUUAAUUCGUCUUUCAUGUGAUUAUUGGCAAAAUUCAUUAGAACGCUUACAUACAAAGAUGUUAUUCAAACAUCAUGUAUCUUCUUUAGCUCCUAACAUAAUUCAUGAUUCUUUUAUUUUUGUCAUCUCUCAAAAUGAAAAGAUUUUAGCAUUUUGUCAAAGAACCACAAUUCUUAAAGAAUAUCAACAAGUUAAAAUUCAUAAUUAUCAAAUAUUCGUAGUAUGGUAUUUAUUUACAACAUUUGAAAAUUCCAUAUGUCAAAUUAAUUAUUUCAAAAUUCAACAUCUAAAAAUGAAUAUCACACAUAAAAUGAUGAAUUCUCAUAGAAAUAUGUUUGUAAUUAGAGAUAGUGAAGACAUUUUUUCAGUGUUGGAAUAUAAAGAUUUGGCUUUAAUAAGAAAUCUAUCAACGAAAGCAAUAAUAGAAAUCGAUAUUACUACAAGGGAUCACGUUUAUCAUGUAAUUUAUAAUAUAGAAGGGGAAAGGUCUAAUACAUUAAAAUUAGCAAAAAAUCAAAUAAUUAUAAAUAAUGUUGAACUAUGGUAUCCAAACAAAAGUUAUUUUCAAAUAUCAGUUUACUUGGAUUCUACUGAAAGUACUCAAUUAAUUAUUUCAAGUAAUACAAUACAAAUAUGGAAAUAUAGUAAUUAUAAUACUAUAGAAAAAUGA